AUGGGGCUACCGCCCACCAAAGAGCUUUCCGAAGGGCAAGUCCUGUCUGGCCACCCCGGUGCCCAGUGGGUGAGGCAGGGGCGGGGCCUGCAGCCACUACAUAAGGCGUCCGGGGCCGGCCACUCGGGCUGCACACAGGUGCAGGGAGCCUGCCCGGUGUCCGCGACGGGAGGGGCCGGGUCCAGCGGUGACCUCUCCUCACGCAUCAUGCUGGGGCCUCGGCUCCUGCUGCUCCUGUCCUGCGGGGGAGCCCUGCUCGGCGCCGCCACCGGGCAGUUGUCCCCAUCCCCCGGCAUCGCCCCGAGACCCAGAAACACGGCGGAGCCAGAGGCAGAGGGAGCACGGGGAGGGGGCAGGAUCAGGAACCCCAACAAGCUGCACAGGCUGCUGAAGCAGGUGGGAGCCUCGGCAGAACUGAGGGCCCGAGUGGGUCUGGGGGACGGAGGCACUGGGAGCACGGCAGGGGGGGGAGAGCCGAGGAGGCCACGGCCCACAGGCCUAGACGACACCUCCUUUGUGCACCCGGGCCUCCAGAGGCUGCAGGACUCCCCAAAGACAGGCUCAGACAAGGGCUGGUGCUCCACAUGGGGGGCCGGACACUUCUCCACUUUCGACGGCCACGUGUAUGACUUCCCGGGAACCUGCAACUACAUCUUCUCUGCCACCUGCAAAGACGCGUCGCCCACCUUCAGCGUCCAGCUACGGCGGGAGCCCAGCGGGAGCAUCUCCCGGAUCAUUGUGGAGCUGGGGGCCUCUGUGGUCACCGUGCGGAAGGCAGUCAUCUCCGUCAAGGAUGUGGGGGUCGUCAGCCUGCCCUACACCAGUAACGGGCUCCGGAUAACACCCUUCGGCCAGAGCGUGCAGCUGGUGACCAAGCAGCUAGAGCUGGAGCUGGUGGUCACGUGGGGCCCAGGCACCCACCUCAUGGUGCUCGUAGAGAAGCGGCACAGGGGCAGGCUGUGCGGUCUCUGUGGAGACUUCAACGGCGAGCGGACGGACGAGUUUCUGAGUGAGGAAGGCAAACCCCUGGAACCCCGCAUGUAUGCCGCCCUCCAGACGCUGGAUGACCCCAACGAGAUCUGCACCUACGAGGCCGUCCCCAGCCCCUGGGUCCCACAGGCAGAGCACGUACGUGAGGUGACGGGGACCCCCAGGGGCCGCGGUAGCCCUUCAGCCACGGUCGGGGCCGGCCGGUGGAGUGCCCAGACCUGCAGCCAGCUGCUGACCCUGGUGUCCCCCGAGUGCAACGUGCCCAAAGAGACAUUCGUGCUGAGCUGCCAGGUGGACAUGGCCGCGUGCGUCCCGCCAGGCCGGCGGGACUGUAGCUGUGCGACGCUGUCUGAGUACUCACGCCAGUGCAGCAUGGCUGGCCAGGCCGUCAGCAACUGGCGGGGCCCCGGCCUCUGCUCCUUGGGCCAGUGCGAGGCCAACCAGGUGUACCGGGAGUGCGGCGAGGCCUGCGUCAGGACCUGCUCCAACCCCCAGCACGCCUGCUCCAGCUUCUGCACCUUCGGCUGCUUCUGCCCAGGAGAUACGGUUCUCGAUGACAUCUCCAAAAACCACACCUGCGUGCCGGUCACCCAGUGCCCCUGUGUGCUCAGCGGGGUGGUCUACGCCCCUGGGGAGGUCAUGACAUCCGCCUGCCAGACCUGCCAGUGUACCAUGGGCCAGUGGAAGUGCACAGAGCAGCCCUGCCCCCGACGCUGCUCCCUGGAAGGCGGCUCCUUUGUCACCACGUUCGAUGCCAGGCCUUACCGCUUCCACGGCACCUGCACCUACAUCCUCCUGCAGAGCCCGCAGCUCCCCGACGGGGGGUCCCUCAUGGCCUUGUACGACAAGUCCGGGCGUUCUCACUCGGAGACCGCCCUAGCUGCUGUCAUCUACAAGUCCAGCCAGGACAAAAUCGUGAUUUCUCAGGACGAGGUCCUCACCAACAAAGGAAAUACCAAGUGGCUCCCGUACAAGGCUCGCAACAUCACAGUCUUCAGGCAGACGUCCACCCACCUCCAGAUGGCCACCACCUUCGGGCUGGAGCUCGUGAUCCAGCUAAAGCCCGUGUUCCAGGCGUACGUCACCGUCGGGCCCCAGUUCAGAGGCCAGACCACAGGGCUCUGUGGCACCUUCAACGGGGACACGACCGACGACUUCAUGGCCAGCACGGGCAUCGUUGAGGGCACUGCCUCGCUCUUUGUGGAUUCCUGGCGGACCGGGAACUGCCCAGCCUCGCUUGAGCGUGAGACUGACCCCUGCUCCAUGAGCCAGCUCAACAAGGUGUGUGCAGAGACCCGCUGCUCAGUGCUGGUGAGGGAGGGCACGGUGUUCGAGAAGUGCCAUGCCACGGUGAACCCCAGGCCCUUCUACAAGAGGUGCGUGUACCAGGCCUGCAACUACGAGGAGACCCUCCUCCACAUCUGCGCCGCCCUGAGUGACUAUGCCCGAGCGUGUGCCACACGGGGCGUCCUGCUACGGGGCUGGAGAAGCGGCGUGGACAACUGCACCACCCCCUGCACGGGCAACCAGACAUUCGGCUACGACAGCCGGGCCUGCGGCCGCACGUGCCUCUCACUGUCCGACCGCGCUGCCGAGUGCCACCCGAGUGCCGUGCCCAUGGACGGCUGUAAUUGCCCCGAGGGCACCUACCUCGACCACGAGGCCCGGUGCGUGCGCAAGGCCCAGUGCCCCUGCCUCCUGGACGGCUCCAAGUUCAUCCGAGCGGACCAGUCUGCCAUGGUCAACGGCGUCAUCUGCUACUGCAUCAACGGGAGGCUGAGCUGCCCAGGGCGGCCGCAGAUGCUCCUGGCCACCUGCUCGGCCCCCAAGACCUUCCAGUCCUGCAACCAGUCUUCGGAGAACACAUUUGGGGCAGCCUGUGCCCCCACGUGCCAGAUGCUGGCCAGUGGCAUCCCCUGCGUGCCCACCAAGUGCGAGCCUGGCUGCGUCUGUGCCGAGGGCCUCUACGAGAACACCAGGGGGCAGUGUGUACCCCCUGAGGAGUGUCCAUGCGAGUUUGCUGGGGUCUCCUACCCCCGGGGCGCCCAACUCCACACUGACUGUAAGACGUGCACCUGCUCGGGGGGGAGGUGGACGUGCUGGCAGAGCGCCCGGUGCUCGUCUACCUGCACCUUGUACGGGGAGGGCCACGUGGUCACCUUUGACGGGCAGCGCUUCACGUUCGAUGGCAGCUGCAGCUACGUCCUGACCACGGACGGCUGCGGGGCCAACAGCUCCCGACCCACCUUCAAAGUCCUGACAGAGAACGUCGUGUGUGGGAAGUCAGGUGUCACCUGCUCCCGGGCCGUCAAGAUCUUCCUGGGGGACCUGACCAUAGUGCUGGCGGACAGGACGUACACGGUCAGCGGGGGGGACCCUCACGUUCACUUCCGGGUGCAAACCGGCUCCCUGAACCUGGUGCUGGACGUCACCGUCGGUAGCAGGUACAACCUGACCCUCGUCUGGAACAAGCACAUGACCGUCUACAUCAAGAUCACGCGUGCUGCCCAGGACGCGCUGUGCGGCUUGUGCGGCAACUACAACGGGAACAUGAAAGACGACUUUGAGACGCGCAGCAAGUACGUGGCGUCCGACGAGCUGGAAUUCGUCAACUCGUGGAAAGACAGCCCCCUGUGCGGAGACGCCGGCCUCACGCUGGACCCCUGCAGCCUCAACGCCUUCCGCCACGCGUGGGCAGAGCGCACCUGCAACAUCAUCAACAGCCAGACCUUCGCUGCCUGCCACAGCCAGGUGUACCGCCUGCCCUACUAUGAGGCCUGCGUGCGAGACACGUGUGGCUGCGACACCAGCGGGGACUGCGAGUGCCUGUGCGACGCGGUGGCCGCCUACGCCAAGGCCUGCCUGGACAAGGGCGUGUGUGUGGACUGGAGGACCCCCGACUUCUGCCCCGUCUACUGCGAUUUCUACAACGGCCACACGUCGGGGGACAGUGCGCCCGCACAAAGCCAGGACACCAGCUGCACGUGGCACUACCAGCCGUGCCUCUGCCCCGGGAGCCCGCAGAGCGUCCCGGACGCCAACAUCGAAGGCUGCUACAACUGCUCCCGGCACGAGUACUUCGACCACAGCGAGGGGAGCUGCGUUCCCUGUGGUCCCCCCACGGGCACGUCCUUCCGCACCACCUCCGCCAGGCCAACCCCGCCGCGCCCCGAGACCACACGGUCCACGCGCCCUGCCCCCUCCACCACGUCCUCGGUGACGCACACAACCCACCGACUCGUCACCCCAACCCACUCGGAGACCCACCAGCCCCACUCCACCGCCAGCCCUCCCCUCUCCUCUUCGGCAACCCCCAUCGUGCCCGGCACUGGCACACGGCCCACGCACACGGCCACGCCACUCACUCGGACCACCCAGACGCCUAGCUCGGUCACCACCACCAAAACCUCCAGCGCGCCCGGGCCACAUCCUUCCGCCCCCGUCCACACGCAAUCCUCACCCACUCCCCACACCACCGUCUCCCCCACGCCCCCCAGGUCCGGAACCACGACCCCCGCGACACACACCGCGACAAACACGGCCACCGCGAGCAGGUCCCACACACCCCACACGACUCACUCCGGCCCGACGCCGUCCGCUGUACCCACCAGCGCCCGGUCGACAGGUCCCCCCACAGGCACGUCCUUCCGCACCACCUCCGCCAGGCCAACCCCGCCGCGCCCCGAGACCACACGGUCCACGCGCCCUGCCCCCUCCACCACGUCCUCGGUGACGCACACAACCCACCGACUCGUCACCCCAACCCACUCGGAGACCCACCAGCCCCACUCCACCGCCAGCCCUCCCCUCUCCUCUUCGGCAACCCCCAUCGUGCCCGGCACUGGCACACGGCCCACGCACACGGCCACGCCACUCACUCGGACCACCCAGACGCCUAGCUCGGUCACCACCACCAAAACCUCCAGCGCGCCCGGGCCACAUCCUUCCGCCCCCGUCCACACGCAGUCCUCACCCACUCCCCACACCACCGUCUCCCCCACGCCCCCCAGGUCCGGAACCACGACCCCCGCGACACACACCGCGACAAACACGGCCACCGCGAGCAAGUCCCACACACCCCACACGACUCACUCCGGCACGACGCCGUCCGCUGUACCCACCAGCGCCCGGUCGACAGGUCCCCCCACGGGCACGUCCUUCCGCACCACCUCCGCCAGGCCAACCCCGCCGCGCCCCGAGACCACACGGUCCACACGCCCUGCCCCCUCCACCACGUCCUCGGUGACGCACACAACCCACCGACUCGUCACCCCAACCCACUCGGAGACCCACCAGCCCCACUCCACCGCCAGCCCUCCCCUCUCCUCUUCGGCAACCCCCAUCGUGCCCGGCACUGGCACACGGCCCACGCACACGGCCACGCCACUCACUCGGACCACCCAGACGCCUAGCUCGGUCACCACCACCAAAACCUCCAGCGCGCCCGGGCCACAUCCUUCCGCCCCCGUCCACACGCAGUCCUCACCCACUCCCCACACCACCGUCUCCCCCACGCCCCCCAGGUCCGGAACCACGACCCCCGCGACACACACCGCGACAAACACGGCCACCGCGAGCAAGUCCCACACACCCCACACGACUCACUCUGGCCCGACGCCGUCCGCUGUACCCACCAGCGCGCGUUCGACAGGUCCCCCAACGGGCACGUCCUUCCGCACCACCUCCGCCAGGCCAACCCCGCCGCGCCCCGAGACCACACGGUCCACGCGCCCUGCCCCCUCCACCACGUCCUCGGUGACGCACACAACCCACCGACUCGUCACCCCAACCCACUCGGAGACCCACCAGCCCCACUCCACCGCCAGCCCUCCCCUCUCCUCUUCGGCAACCCCCAUCGUGCCCGGCACUGGCACACGGCCCACGCACACGGCCACGCCACUCACUCGGACCACCCAGACGCCUAGCUCGGUCACCACCACCAAAACCUCCAGCGCGCCCGGGCCACAUCCUUCCGCCCCCGUCCACACGCAAUCCUCACCCACUCCCCACACCACCGUCUCCCCCACGCCCCCCAGGUCCGGAACCACGACCCCCGCGACACACACCGCGACAAACACGGCCACCGCGAGCAAGUCCCACACACCCCACACGACUCACUCCGGCACGACGCCGUCCGCUGUACCCACCAGCGCCCGGUCGACAGGUCCCCCCACGGGCACGUCCUUCCGCACCACCUCCGCCAGGCCAACCCCGCCGCGCCCCGAGACCACACGGUCCACGCGCCCUGCCCCCUCCACCACGUCCUCGGUGACGCACACAACCCACCGACUCGUCACCCCAACCCACUCGGAGACCCACCAGCCCCACUCCACCGCCAGCCCUCCCCUCUCCUCUUCGGCAACCCCCAUCGUGCCCGGCACUGGCACACGGCCCACGCCCACGGCCACGCCACUCACUCGGACCACCCAGACGCCUAGCUCGGUCACCACCACCAAAACCUCCAGCGCGCCCGGGCCUCAUCCUUCCGCCCCCGUCCACACGCAGUCCUCACCCACUCCCCACACCACCGUCUCCCCCACGCCCCCCAGGUCCGGAACCACGACCCCCGCGACACACACCGCGACAAACACGGCCACCGCGAGCAAGUCCCACACACCCCACACGACUCACUCCGGCACGACGCCGUCCGCUGUACCCACCAGCGCCCGGUCGACAGGUCCCCCCACGGGCACGUCCUUCCGCACCACCUCCGCCAGGCCAACCCCGCCGCGCCCCGAGACCACACGGUCCACGCGCCCUGCCCCCUCCACCACGUCCUCGGUGACGCACACAACCCACCGACUCGUCACCCCAACCCACUCGGAGACCCACCAGCCCCACUCCACCGCCAGCCCUCCCCUCUCCUCUUCGGCAACCCCCAUCGUGCCCGGCACUGGCACACGGCCCACGCACACGGCCACGCCACUCACUCGGACCACCCAGACGCCUAGCUCGGUCACCACCACCAAAACCUCCAGCGCGCCCGGGCCACAUCCUUCCGCCCCCGUCCACACGCAGUCCUCACCCACUCCCCACACCACCGUCUCCCCCACGCCCCCCAGGUCCGGAACCACGACCCCCGCGACACACACCGCGACAAACACGGCCACCGCGAGCAGGUCCCACACACCCCACACGACUCACUCCGGCACGACGCCGUCCGCUGUACCCACCAGCGCCCGGUCGACAGGUCCCCCCACAGGCACGUCCUUCCGCACCACCUCCGCCAGGCCAACCCCGCCGCGCCCCGAGACCACACGGUCCACGCGCCCUGCCCCCUCCACCACGUCCUCGGUGACGCACACAACCCACCGACUCGUCACCCCAACCCACUCGGAGACCCACCAGCCCCACUCCACCGCCAGCCCUCCCCUCUCCUCUUCGGCAACCCCCAUCGUGCCCGGCACUGGCACACGGCCCACGCACACGGCCACGCCACUCACUCGGACCACCCAGACGCCUAGCUCGGUCACCACCACCAAAACCUCCAGCGCGCCCGGGCCACAUCCUUCCGCCCCCGUCCACACGCAGUCCUCACCCACUCCCCACACCACCGUCUCCCCCACGCCCCCCAGGUCCGGAACCACGACCCCCGCGACACACACCGCGACAAACACGGCCACCGCGAGCAGGUCCCACACACCCCACACGACUCACUCCGGCACGACGCCGUCCGCUGUACCCACCAGCGCCCGGUCGACAGGUCCCCCCACGGGCACGUCCUUCCGCACCACCUCCGCCAGGCCAACCCCGCCGCGCCCCGAGACCACACGGUCCACGCGCCCUGCCCCCUCCACCACGUCCUCGGUGACGCACACAACCCACCGACUCGUCACCCCAACCCACUCGGAGACCCACCAGCCCCACUCCACCGCCAGCCCUCCCCUCUCCUCUUCGGCAACCCCCAUCGUGCCCGGCACUGGCACACGGCCCACGCACACGGCCACGCCACUCACUCGGACCACCCAGACGCCUAGCUCGGUCACCACCACCAAAACCUCCAGCGCGCCCGGGCCACAUCCUUCCGCCCCCGUCCACACGCAGUCCUCACCCACUCCCCACACCACCGUCUCCCCCACGCCCCCCAGGUCCGGAACCACGACCCCCGCGACACACACCGCGACAAACACGGCCACCGCGAGCAAGUCCCACACACCCCACACGACUCACUCUGGCCCGACGCCGUCCGCUGUACCCACCAGCGCGCGUUCGACAGGUCCCCCAACGGGCACGUCCUUCCGCACCACCUCCGCCAGGCCAACCCCGCCGCGCCCCGAGACCACACGGUCCACGCGCCCUGCCCCCUCCACCACGUCCUCGGUGACGCACACAACCCACCGACUCGUCACCCCAACCCACUCGGAGACCCACCAGCCCCACUCCACCGCCAGCCCUCCCCUCUCCUCUUCGGCAACCCCCAUCGUGCCCGGCACUGGCACACGGCCCACGCACACGGCCACGCCACUCACUCGGACCACCCAGACGCCUAGCUCGGUCACCACCACCAAAACCUCCAGCGCGCCCGGGCCACAUCCUUCCGCCCCCGUCCACACGCAAUCCUCACCCACUCCCCACACCACCGUCUCCCCCACGCCCCCCAGGUCCGGAACCACGACCCCCGCGACACACACCGCGACAAACACGGCCACCGCGAGCAAGUCCCACACACCCCACACGACUCACUCCGGCACGACGCCGUCCGCUGUACCCACCAGCGCCCGGUCGACAGGUCCCCCCACGGGCACGUCCUUCCGCACCACCUCCGCCAGGCCAACCCCGCCGCGCCCCAAGACCACACGGUCCACGCGCCCUGCCCCCUCCACCACGUCCUCGGUGACGCACACAACCCACCGACUCGUCACCCCAACCCACUCGGAGACCCACCAGCCCCACUCCACCGCCAGCCCUCCCCUCUCCUCUUCGGCAACCCCCAUCGUGCCCGGCACUGGCACACGGCCCACGCACACGGCCACGCCACUCACUCGGACCACCCAGACGCCUAGCUCGGUCACCACCACCAAAACCUCCAGCGCGCCCGGGCCACAUCCUUCCGCCCCCGUCCACACGCAGUCCUCACCCACUCCCCACACCACCGUCUCCCCCACGCCCCCCAGGUCCGGAACCACGACCCCCGCGACACACACCGCGACAAACACGGCCACCGCGAGCAGGUCCCACACACCCCACACGACUCACACCGGCACGACGCCGUCCGCUGUACCCACCAGCGCCCGGUCGACAGGUCCCCCCACGGGCACGUCCUUCCGCACCACCUCCGCCAGGCCAACCCCGCCGCGCCCCGAGACCACACGGUCCACGCGCCCUGCCCCCUCCACCACGUCCUCGGUGACGCACACAACCCACCGACUCGUCACCCCAACCCACUCGGAGACCCACCAGCCCCACUCCACUGCCAGCCCUCCCCUCUCCUCUUCGGCAACCCCCAUCGUGCCCGGCACUGGCACACGGCCCACGCACACGGCCACGCCACUCACUCGGACCACCCAGACGCCUAGCUCGGUCACCACCACCAAAACCUCCAGCGCGCCCGGGCCACAUCCUUCCGCCCCCGUCCACACGCAGUCCUCACCCACUCCCCACACCACCGUCUCCCCCACGCCCCCCAGGUCCGGAACCACGACCCCCGCGACACACACCGCGACAAACACGGCCACCGCGAGCAAGUCCCACACACCCCACACGACUCACUCUGGCCCGACGCCGUCCGCUGUACCCACCAGCGCGCGUUCGACAGGUCCCCCAAGGGGCACGUCCUUCCGCACCACCUCCGCCAGGCCAACCCCGCCGCGCCCCGAGACCACACGGUCCACGCGCCCUGCCCCCUCCACCACGUCCUCGGUGACGCACACAACCCACCAACUCGUCACCCCAACCCACUCGGAGACCCACCAGCCCCACUCCACCGCCAGCCCUCCCCUCUCCUCUUCGGCAACCCCCAUCGUGCCCGGCACUGGCACACGGCCCACGCACACGGCCACGCCACUCACUCGGACCACCCAGACGCCUAGCUCGGUCACCACCACCAAAACCUCCAGCGCGCCCGGGCCACAUCCUUCCGCCCCCGUCCACACGCAAUCCUCACCCACUCCCCACACCACCGUCUCCCCCACGCCCCCCAGGUCCGGAACCACGACCCCCGCGACACACACCGCGACAAACACGGCCACCGCGAGCAAGUCCCACACACCCCACACGACUCACUCCGGCACGACGCCGUCCGCUGUACCCACCAGCGCCCGGUCGACAGGUCCCCCCACGGGCACGUCCUUCCGCACCACCUCCGCCAGGCCAACCCCGCCGCGCCCCAAGACCACACGGUCCACGCGCCCUGCCCCCUCCACCACGUCCUCGGUGACGCACACAACCCACCGACUCGUCACCCCAACCCACUCGGAGACCCACCAGCCCCACUCCACCGCCAGCCCUCCCCUCUCCUCUUCGGCAACCCCCAUCGUGCCCGGCACUGGCACACGGCCCACGCACACGGCCACGCCACUCACUCGGACCACCCAGACGCCUAGCUCGGUCACCACCACCAAAACCUCCAGCGCGCCCGGGCCACAUCCUUCCGCCCCCGUCCACACGCAGUCCUCACCCACUCCCCACACCACCGUCUCCCCCACGCCCCCCAGGUCCGGAACCACGACCCCCGCGACACACACCGCGACAAACACGGCCACCGCGAGCAGGUCCCACACAGCCCACACGACUCACACCGGCACGACGCCGUCCGCUGUACCCACCAGCGCCCGGUCGACAGGUCCCCCCACGGGCACGUCCUUCCGCACCACCUCCGCCAGGCCAACCCCGCCGCGCCCCGAGACCACACGGUCCACGCGCCCUGCCCCCUCCACCACGUCCUCGGUGACGCACACAACCCACCGACUCGUCACCCCAACCCACUCGGAGACCCACCAGCCCCACUCCACCGCCAGCCCUCCCCUCUCCUCUUCGGCAACCCCCAUCGUGCCCGGCACUGGCACACGGCCCACGCACACGGCCACGCCACUCACUCGGACCACCCAGACGCCUAGCUCGGUCACCACCACCAAAACCUCCAGCGCGCCCGGGCCACAUCCUUCCGCCCCCGUCCACACGCAGUCCUCACCCACUCCCCACACCACCGUCUCCCCCACGCCCCCCAGGUCCGGAACCACGACCCCCGCGACACACACCGCGACAAACACGGCCACCGCGAGCAAGUCCCACACACCCCACACGACUCACUCUGGCCCGACGCCGUCCGCUGUACCCACCAGCGCGCGUUCGACAGGUCCCCCAAGGGGCACGUCCUUCCGCACCACCUCCGCCAGGCCAACCCCGCCGCGCCCCGAGACCACACGGUCCACGCGCCCUGCCCCCUCCACCACGUCCUCGGUGACGCACACAACCCACCGACUCGUCACCCCAACCCACUCGGAGACCCACCAGCCCCACUCCACCGCCAGCCCUCCCCUCUCCUCUUCGGCAACCCCCAUCGUGCCCGGCACUGGCACACGGCCCACGCACACGGCCACGCCACUCACUCGGACCACCCAGACGCCUAGCUCGGUCACCACCACCAAAACCUCCAGCGCGCCCGGGCCACAUCCUUCCGCCCCCGUCCACACGCAAUCCUCACCCACUCCCCACACCACCGUCUCCCCCACGCCCCCCAGGUCCGGAACCACGACCCCCGCGACACACACCGCGACAAACACGGCCACCGCGAGCAAGUCCCACACACCCCACACGACUCACUCCGGCACGACGCCGUCCGCUGUACCCACCAGCGCCCGGUCGACAGGUCCCCCCACGGGCACGUCCUUCCGCACCACCUCCGCCAGGCCAACCCCGCCGCGCCCCGAGACCACACGGUCCACGCGCCCUGCCCCCUCCACCACGUCCUCGGUGACGCACACAACCCACCGACUCGUCACCCCAACCCACUCGGAGACCCACCAGCCCCACUCCACCGCCAGCCCUCCCCUCUCCUCUUCGGCAACCCCCAUCGUGCCCGGCACUGGCACACGGCCCACGCCCACGGCCACGCCACUCACUCGGACCACCCAGACGCCUAGCUCGGUCACCACCACCAAAACCUCCAGCGCGCCCGGGCCACAUCCUUCCGCCCCCGUCCACACGCAGUCCUCACCCACUCCCCACACCACCGUCUCCCCCACGCCCCCCAGGUCCGGAACCACGACCCCCGCGACACACACCGCGACAAACACGGCCACCGCGAGCAAGUCCAACACACCCCACACGACUCACUCCGGCCCGACGCCGUCCGCUGUACCCACCAGCGCCCAGUCGACAGGUCCCCCCACGGGCACGUCCUUCCGCACCACCUCCGCCAGGCCAACCCCACCGCGCCCCGAGACCACACGGUCCACGCGCCCUGCCCCCUCCACCACGUCCUCGGUGACGCACACAACCCACCGACUCGUCACCCCAACCCACUCGGAGACCCACCAGCCCCACUCCACCGCCAGCCCUCCCCUCUCCUCUUCGGCAACCCCCAUCGUGCCCGGCACUGGCACACGGCCCACGCCCACGGCCACGCCACUCACUCGGACCACCCAGACGCCUAGCUCGGUCACCACCACCAAAACCUCCAGCGCGCCCGGGCCACAUCCUUCCGCCCCCGUCCACACGCAGUCCUCACCCACUCCCCACACCACCGUCUCCCCCACGCCCCCCAGGUCCGGAACCACGACCCCCGCGACACACACCGCGACAAACACGGCCACCGCGAGCAAGUCCCACACACCCCACACGACUCACUCCGGCCCGACGCCGUCCUCUGUACCCACCAGCGCCCGGUCGACAGGUCCCCCCACGGGCACGUCCUUCCGCACCACCUCCGCCAGGCCAACCCCGCCGCGCCCCGAGACCACACGGUCCACGCGCCCUGCCCCCUCCACCACGUCCUCGGUGACGCACACAACCCACCGACUCGUCACCCCAACCCACUCGGAGACCCACCAGCCCCACUCCACCGCCAGCCCUCCCCUCUCCUCUUCAGCAACCCCCAUCGUGCCCGGCACUGGCACACGGCCCACGCACACGGCCACGCCACUCACUCGGACCACCCAGACGCCUAGCUCGGUCACCACCACCAAAACCUCCAGCGCGCCCGGGCCACAUCCUUCCGCCCCCGUCCACACGCAAUCCUCACCCACUCCCCACACCACCGUCUCCCCCACGCCCCCCAGGUCCGGAACCACGACCCCUGCGACACACACCGCGACAAACACGGCCACCGCGAGCAAGUCCCACACACCCCACACGACUCACUCCGGCACGACGCCGUCCGCUGUACCCACCAGCGCCCGGUCGACAGGUCCCCCCACGGGCACGUCCUUCCGCACCACCUCCGCCAGGCCAACCCCGCCGCGCCCCGAGACCACACGGUCCACGCGCCCUGCCCCCUCCACCACGUCCUCGGUGACGCACACAACCCACCGACUCGUCACCCCAACCCACUCGGAGACCCACCAGCCCCACUCCACCGCCAGCCCUCCCCUCUCCUCUUCGGCAACCCCCAUCGUGCCCGGCACUGGCACACGGCCCACGCCCACGGCCACGCCACUCACUCGGACCACCCAGACGCCUAGCUCGGUCACCACCACCAAAACCUCCAGCGCGCCCGGGCCACAUCCUUCCGCCCCCGUCCACACGCAGUCCUCACCCACUCCCCACACCACCGUCUCCCCCACGCCCCCCAGGUCCGGAACCACGACCCCCGCGACACACACCGCGACAAACACGGCCACCGCGAGCAAGUCCCACACACCCCACACGACUCACUCCGGCACGACGCCGUCCGCUGUACCCACCAGCGCCCGGUCGACAGGUCCCCCCACGGGCACGUCCUUCCGCACCACCUCCGCCAGGCCAACCCCGCCGCGCCCCGAGACCACACGGUCCACGCGCCCUGCCCCCUCCACCACGUCCUCGGUGACGCACACAACCCACCGACUCGUCACCCCAACCCACUCGGAGACCCACCAGCCCCACUCCACCGCCAGCCCUCCCCUCUCCUCUUCGGCAACCCCCAUCGUGCCCGGCACUGGCACACGGCCCACGCCCACGGCCACGCCACUCACUCGGACCACCCAGACGCCUAGCUCGGUCACCACCACCAAAACCUCCAGCGCGCCCGGGCCACAUCCUUCCGCCCCCGUCCACACGCAGUCCUCACCCACUCCCCACACCACCGUCUCCUCCACGCCCCCCAGGUCCGGAACCACGACCCCCGCGACACACACCGCGACAAACACGGCCACCGCGAGCAGGUCCCACACACCCCACACGACUCACUCCGGCCCGACGCCGUCCGCUCUACCCACCAGCGCGCGUUCAACAGGUCCCCCAACGGGCACGUCCUUCCGCACCACCUCCGCCAGGCCAACCCCGCCGCGCCCCGAGACCACACGGUCCACGCGCCCUGCCCCCUCCACCACGUCCUCGGUGACGCACACAACCCACCGACUCGUCACCCCAACCCACUCGGAGACCCACCAGCCCCACUCCACCGCCAGCCCUCCCCUCUCCUCUUCGGCAACCCCCAUCGUGCCCGGCACUGGCACACGGCCCACGCACACGGCCACGCCACUCACUCGGACCACCCAGACGCCUAGCUCGGUCACCACCACCAAAACCUCCAGCGCGCCCGGGCCACAUCCUUCCGCCCCCGUCCACACGCAAUCCUCACCCACUCCCCACACCACCGUCUCCCCCACGCCCCCCAGGUCCGGAACCACGACCCCCGCGACACACACCGCGACAAACACGGCCACCGCGAGCAGGUCCCACACACCCCACACGACUCACUCCGGCCCGACGCCGUCCGCUGUACCCACCAGCGCCCGGUCGACAGGUCCCCCCACGGGCACGUCCUUCCGCACCACCUCCGCCAGGCCAACCCCGCCGCGCCCCGAGACCACACGGUCCACGCGCCCUGCCCCCUCCACCACGUCCUCGGUGACGCACACAACCCACCGACUCGUCACCCCAACCCACUCGGAGACCCACCAGCCCCACUCCACCGCCAGCCCUCCCCUCUCCUCUUCGGCAACCCCCAUCGUGCCCGGCACUGGCACACGGCCCACGCCCACGGCCACGCCACUCACUCGGACCACCCAGACGCCUAGCUCGGUCACCACCACCAAAACCUCCAGCGCGCCCGGGCCACAUCCUUCCGCCCCCGUCCACACGCAGUCCUCACCCACUCCCCACACCACCGUCUCCUCCACGCCCCCCAGGUCCGGAACCACGACCCCCGCGACACACACCGCGACAAACACGGCCACCGCGAGCAGGUCCCACACACCCCACACGACUCACUCCGGCCCGACGCCGUCCGCUCUACCCACCAGCGCGCGUUCGACAGGUCCCCCAACGGGCACGUCCUUCCGCACCACCUCCGCCAGGCCAACCCCGCCGCGCCCCGAGACCACACGGUCCACGCGCCCUGCCCCCUCCACCACGUCCUCGGUGACGCACACAACCCACCGACUCGUCACCCCAACCCACUCGGAGACCCACCAGCCCCACUCCACCGCCAGCCCUCCCCUCUCCUCUUCGGCAACCCCCAUCGUGCCCGGCACUGGCACACGGCCCACGCCCACGGCCACGCCACUCACUCGGACCACCCAGACGCCUAGCUCGGUCACCACCACCAAAACCUCCAGCGCGCCCGGGCCACAUCCUUCCGCCCCCGUCCACACGCAAUCCUCACCCACUCCCCACACCACCGUCUCCCCCACGCCCCCCAGGUCCGGAACCACGACCCCCGCGACACACACCGCGACAAACACGGCCACCGCGAGCAAGUCCCACACACCCCACACGACUCACUCCGGCACGACGCCGUCCGCUGUACCCACCAGCGCCCGGUCGACAGGUCCCCCCACGGGCACGUCCUUCCGCACCACCUCCGCCAGGCCAACCCCGCCGCGCCCCGAGACCACACGGUCCACGCGCCCUGCCCCCUCCACCACGUCCUCGGUGACGCACACAACCCACCGACUCGUCACCCCAACCCACUCGGAGACCCACCAGCCCCACUCCACCGCCAGCCCUCCCCUCUCCUCUUCGGCAACCCCCAUCGUGCCCGGCACUGGCACACGGCCCACGCCCACGGCCACGCCACUCACUCGGACCACCCAGACGCCUAGCUCGGUCACCACCACCAAAACCUCCAGCGCGCCCGGGCCACAUCCUUCCGCCCCCGUCCACACGCAGUCCUCACCCACUCCCCACACCACCGUCUCCCCCACGCCCCCCAGGUCCGGAACCACGACCCCCGCGACACACACCGCGACAAACACGGCCACCGCGAGCAAGUCCCACACACCCCACACGACUCACUCCGGCCCGACGCCGUCCUCUGUACCCACCAGCGCCCGGUCGACAGGUCCCCCCACGGGCACGUCCUUCCGCACCACCUCCGCCAGGCCAACCCCGCCGCGCCCCGAGACCACACGGUCCACGCGCCCUGCCCCCUCCACCACGUCCUCGGUGACGCACACAACCCACCGACUCGUCACCCCAACCCACUCGGAGACCCACCAGCCCCACUCCACCGCCAGCCCUCCCCUCUCCUCUUCAGCAACCCCCAUCGUGCCCGGCACUGGCACACGGCCCACGCACACGGCCACGCCACUCACUCGGACCACCCAGACGCCUAGCUCGGUCACCACCACCAAAACCUCCAGCGCGCCCGGGCCACAUCCUUCCGCCCCCGUCCACACGCAAUCCUCACCCACUCCCCACACCACCGUCUCCCCCACGCCCCCCAGGUCCGGAACCACGACCCCUGCGACACACACCGCGACAAACACGGCCACCGCGAGCAAGUCCCACACACCCCACACGACUCACUCCGGCACGACGCCGUCCGCUGUACCCACCAGCGCCCGGUCGACAGGUCCCCCCACGGGCACGUCCUUCCGCACCACCUCCGCCAGGCCAACCCCGCCGCGCCCCGAGACCACACGGUCCACGCGCCCUGCCCCCUCCACCACGUCCUCGGUGACGCACACAACCCACCGACUCGUCACCCCAACCCACUCGGAGACCCACCAGCCCCACUCCACCGCCAGCCCUCCCCUCUCCUCUUCGGCAACCCCCAUCGUGCCCGGCACUGGCACACGGCCCACGCCCACGGCCACGCCACUCACUCGGACCACCCAGACGCCUAGCUCGGUCACCACCACCAAAACCUCCAGCGCGCCCGGGCCACAUCCUUCCGCCCCCGUCCACACGCAGUCCUCACCCACUCCCCACACCACCGUCUCCCCCACGCCCCCCAGGUCCGGAACCACGACCCCCGCGACACACACCGCGACAAACACGGCCACCGCGAGCAAGUCCCACACACCCCACACGACUCACUCCGGCACGACGCCGUCCGCUGUACCCACCAGCGCCCGGUCGACAGGUCCCCCCACGGGCACGUCCUUCCGCACCACCUCCGCCAGGCCAACCCCGCCGCGCCCCGAGACCACACGGUCCACGCGCCCUGCCCCCUCCACCACGUCCUCGGUGACGCACACAACCCACCGACUCGUCACCCCAACCCACUCGGAGACCCACCAGCCCCACUCCACCGCCAGCCCUCCCCUCUCCUCUUCGGCAACCCCCAUCGUGCCCGGCACUGGCACACGGCCCACGCCCACGGCCACGCCACUCACUCGGACCACCCAGACGCCUAGCUCGGUCACCACCACCAAAACCUCCAGCGCGCCCGGGCCACAUCCUUCCGCCCCCGUCCACACGCAGUCCUCACCCACUCCCCACACCACCGUCUCCUCCACGCCCCCCAGGUCCGGAACCACGACCCCCGCGACACACACCGCGACAAACACGGCCACCGCGAGCAGGUCCCACACACCCCACACGACUCACUCCGGCCCGACGCCGUCCGCUCUACCCACCAGCGCGCGUUCAACAGGUCCCCCAACGGGCACGUCCUUCCGCACCACCUCCGCCAGGCCAACCCCGCCGCGCCCCGAGACCACACGGUCCACGCGCCCUGCCCCCUCCACCACGUCCUCGGUGACGCACACAACCCACCGACUCGUCACCCCAACCCACUCGGAGACCCACCAGCCCCACUCCACCGCCAGCCCUCCCCUCUCCUCUUCGGCAACCCCCAUCGUGCCCGGCACUGGCACACGGCCCACGCACACGGCCACGCCACUCACUCGGACCACCCAGACGCCUAGCUCGGUCACCACCACCAAAACCUCCAGCGCGCCCGGGCCACAUCCUUCCGCCCCCGUCCACACGCAAUCCUCACCCACUCCCCACACCACCGUCUCCCCCACGCCCCCCAGGUCCGGAACCACGACCCCCGCGACACACACCGCGACAAACACGGCCACCGCGAGCAGGUCCCACACACCCCACACGACUCACUCCGGCCCGACGCCGUCCGCUGUACCCACCAGCGCCCGGUCGACAGGUCCCCCCACGGGCACGUCCUUCCGCACCACCUCCGCCAGGCCAACCCCGCCGCGCCCCGAGACCACACGGUCCACGCGCCCUGCCCCCUCCACCACGUCCUCGGUGACGCACACAACCCACCGACUCGUCACCCCAACCCACUCGGAGACCCACCAGCCCCACUCCACCGCCAGCCCUCCCCUCUCCUCUUCGGCAACCCCCAUCGUGCCCGGCACUGGCACACGGCCCACGCCCACGGCCACGCCACUCACUCGGACCACCCAGACGCCUAGCUCGGUCACCACCACCAAAACCUCCAGCGCGCCCGGGCCACAUCCUUCCGCCCCCGUCCACACGCAGUCCUCACCCACUCCCCACACCACCGUCUCCUCCACGCCCCCCAGGUCCGGAACCACGACCCCCGCGACACACACCGCGACAAACACGGCCACCGCGAGCAGGUCCCACACACCCCACACGACUCACUCCGGCCCGACGCCGUCCGCUCUACCCACCAGCGCGCGUUCGACAGGUCCCCCAACGGGCACGUCCUUCCGCACCACCUCCGCCAGGCCAACCCCGCCGCGCCCCGAGACCACACGGUCCACGCGCCCUGCCCCCUCCACCACGUCCUCGGUGACGCACACAACCCACCGACUCGUCACCCCAACCCACUCGGAGACCCACCAGCCCCACUCCACCGCCAGCCCUCCCCUCUCCUCUUCGGCAACCCCCAUCGUGCCCGGCACUGGCACACGGCCCACGCCCACGGCCACGCCACUCACUCGGACCACCCAGACGCCUAGCUCGGUCACCACCACCAAAACCUCCAGCGCGCCCGGGCCACAUCCUUCCGCCCCCGUCCACACGCAAUCCUCACCCACUCCCCACACCACCGUCUCCCCCACGCCCCCCAGGUCCGGAACCACGACCCCCGCGACACACACCGCGACAAACACGGCCACCGCGAGCAAGUCCCACACACCCCACACGACUCACUCCGGCACGACGCCGUCCGCUGUACCCACCAGCGCCCGGUCGACAGGUCCCCCCACGGGCACGUCCUUCCGCACCACCUCCGCCAGGCCAACCCCGCCGCGCCCCGAGACCACACGGUCCACGCGCCCUGCCCCCUCCACCACGUCCUCGGUGACGCACACAACCCACCGACUCGUCACCCCAACCCACUCGGAGACCCACCAGCCCCACUCCACCGCCAGCCCUCCCCUCUCCUCUUCGGCAACCCCCAUCGUGCCCGGCACUGGCACACGGCCCACGCCCACGGCCACGCCACUCACUCGGACCACCCAGACGCCUAGCUCGGUCACCACCACCAAAACCUCCAGCGCGCCCGGGCCACAUCCUUCCGCCCCCGUCCACACGCAGUCCUCACCCACUCCCCACACCACCGUCUCCCCCACGCCCCCCAGGUCCGGAACCACGACCCCCGCGACACACACCGCGACAAACACGGCCACCGCGAGCAAGUCCCACACACCCCACACGACUCACUCCGGCCCGACGCCGUCCGCUGUACCCACCAGCGCCCGGUCGACAGGUCCCCCCACGGGCACGUCCUUCCGCACCACCUCCGCCAGGCCAACCCCGCCGCGCCCCGAGACCACACGGUCCACGCGCCCUGCCCCCUCCACCACGUCCUCGGUGACGCACACAACCCGCCGACUCGUCACCCCAACCCACUCGGAGACCCACCAGCCCCACUCCACCGCCAGCCCUGCCCUCUCCUCUUCUCCAUCUCCUCACAACACCAGCACCACGUUCCUGCCUUCCUCACCCAGGACCACACCCAGCUCCCCCACAGCCCACACUCUGUCUUCCCAGUCUCCCGCCUCUCAGUCUACGUCUCUCACCUCCCAAAUCCCCACGUCCGGCCUCUUGUCUUCCACCCUGGGAAUGACAGCCAUCCUCACUUCUCCGGUGACCAACCUCACGACCGGACAGUCUAGCUCCAGUGUGCCGCCGACCACCGUGUUCCUGCCCGGCUCCACCUUGAGCCGUGGAAGCUCGUCCUUCCAUACUGCGGAGUCCUCGUCGAGCCGGGGCACCCCCGUCUCUUCCCUGGCCUCCUCUCCGACCAGGUCCCCAGGGAUCUGCUCAGUGAAGGAGCUUCAGGAGGAGGUCACGUACAAGGGGUGCAUGGCCAACGUGACGGUGACCCGCUGUGAGGGCUUCUGCCCCUCCUCCGCCAGUUUCAACGUCCACACCGAGCAAGUGGACGUGCACUGUGGCUGCUGCUACCCUCUCAGCUCCUAUGAGAAGCAGCUCGUGCUGCCCUGCCCAGACCCCGGAGCACAAGGACAGCGGCUGGUACUCACACUGCAGAUGUUCAGCAGCUGUGCGUGCCGCCCCCGGCGCUGUGGGGACUAGGGACACAGACCCCGGGCGUGAGGACGAAGCGCUGCUCUCAACGCCACCCGCCCCUCCCACCCCCGACGCUGAC